UUCAGGGAGAAAACCAUGGACUCCAAAAGAGCAGUUGUACAUGUCCUCGCAGUGAUCAUAGGUAUCUUCUCCCUCUUCUGCAGCUCCUGUUGCAGGCAUCUGCAGGAGGACCAACCUGUUGUUCAUCAUCACAUCCAAGCUCGUCGGAGGUUAUCGUUAUCGGCUCCUGCUGUGACUUUCGAUGUGGAUGACUUCGGAGCUCAGGGCGACGGCAACCAUGACGAUGCUCAGGCUUUUGAGAAGGCGUGGAAAGAGGCGUGUUCGGCUGCAGGAGCUGUUCUUGUGGUGCCCAAGAAGAACUACCUCCUCGGCCCAACCAAUUUCUCGGGUCCUUGCCAAGACAACACCACUUUUCAGAUUAACGGGAUCAUUAGAGCGUCCGGUGAUCUAUCCGACUAUGAUGAGGACCGGAGGCAUUGGAUCAUGUUUGAUGGGGUUCACAACUUGGUCGUCCAAGGUGGCGGAACCUUCGACGGCAAUGGGCUUAUCUGGUGGCAAAACUCAUGCAAAACCAAUAAAUCUCUCCCUUGCAAGGACGCACCCACCGCCCUCACUUUCUCCAAUUGCGGGAACCUGAUAACGCGAAAUUUGAAUAUUCAAAACGCGCAACAAAUUCACGUUUCGUUCGAGAAAUGUAGCGACGUCCAAGCCACCGAUCUCCAGGUCACCGCGCCUGGAAGCAGCCCGAACACGGAUGGGAUUCACGUCACUGGCACUCAGAACAUCCAAAUCUCUAGCUCUACAAUCGGGACCGGUGACGAUUGCAUUUCAAUUGUGGAUGGAUCGCAAGAUGUUCAGGCCAUGGACAUAACUUGUGGACCAGGUCAUGGAAUCAGCAUUGGAAGUUUAGGGUCUGGAGACUCAGAGGCUCAUGUUUCAGGAGUUACAGUGAAUAGAGCUAACUUUUCUGGAACCACCAAUGGAGUCAGGAUCAAGACAUGGCAGGGAGGGUCUGGAAGUGCAAGCAACAUUAAAUUCCAGAACAUAGAAAUGCAUGAUGUGAGCAACCCUAUCAUAAUAGAUCAAAACUACUGUGACCAGGAUGCGCCAUGCAAGCAACAGAAAUCAGCUGUUCAAGUGAGUAACGUGAUGUACCAGAACAUCAGAGGGACGAGUGCUUCGGAUGUGGCGAUCGAGUUCAACUGUAGCGAGAGCCUUCCCUGCAAGGGCAUAGCUCUUCAGAACAUCGACUUGCAAAAGACUGGAGGUGGAUCAGCAACAGCUUCUUGCAGCAACAUCAAUCCCGACUACAUCGGGGCCGUUUCGCCUCGCUGCCCUUGAACAGAUCCGCAUCGAUGAUGCUCAGACCGAGUUCAUUAAGAAUAAUACGAUGGUGUAAAUAGAU